AUGACGUCUCUUUUGCAACAAUUUCCUUCGCCGGCCAAAUCGAAUGUUACAAGAGUGCCGUUACCGUCGACCAAAUCAAAUUCUUCGAGAGUAUCGUUAACAUCGGCCAAUAAUUCGUUAAAAAUAUCCAAAACAUCAUCGACCAAUAGCCUUAAACAAGCACCAUCAUCAGUCAAUAGUCCAAAAGAAAAAACGUCGUCGGCACUAAGAUUUGAGAGGUCGUCUGACAGUAUGUUAAAGAACCCAUUCGGUUGUUCUUACACCACAGCUUGCACCAAGCACAAAAUACGCCCAUCACCGGGCGUGAGAAUAAAUUCUAAAAACUAUUUUGUUGAGGUGUGGGGCGAACGUAUGAAAGUUCAAGAUUGGCUAGCUGUGAUGGAAACGCUAAGCAAUGAUAUCGAUACUCAUCACGUGUGCAUCAAAAAUCGACAGUAUCAAGAAAAAAAUUCGAUGAAAAACUAUCAAACGUUAUCUGAAGUUAUGAAAAUACCUAAGUGAGUGUAAUUGUUACUUUAUCGGGACGUAGUUUUACAUGAAUCCUGUUAGAAAAAUACUAUCGUAAAACUGUGUUUUCUUCUGUAUGCACAGAACAAGCCAAAAACAAGCACUUUUGAAGUGUACACAUGAAAUCUCUGUAUCGUAACAUAAAUUUCCAAACUCCACAAAAAAAUAAACAAGUGUCGAACCCUAGUGAAAUAACCGGUCAUUGUUGUUUUUCAGGACCGUAGUGGCAUCAUGCACGUUGUUCGUGGUCCGCCUGAUAGCGAAUUCCGUCUACGAAGUAUUGGUCAACUCGCACGUGCUAGUCUGUUUGGAACUGUGCAACGUCCUGUUUGACGAUCAGGCGCUUGGAGUACUUUUUUCUGGCAUAAAAGCCAGCCAUACGCUACAGCACCUUUCACUGUCCCACUGCCAGAUCGGAGACGCGGCGUGCCUCAACUUGUGCCGGGUGCUCCGGGACAAACCCAACAUCCGGUCUAUAGACCUGUCGGGGUGUUCUCUGAGUUCAGUGGCCGCCACGAACGGACUGGUGCAAAUUGUCAAAAAGCAACAGGUCAGACGGAACGAGGAAUGCUGGACGCACUCGCUCCGGUACAGAUCCGCCAACCCGGACAUCAUGCACGGGUUACGGAGGCUAACGCUGAACGACAACACCGGGCUUGGGGACGACGGCGUGAUCGACCUGUUCGAAGUGCUCAAGGACGAUCUGUUCAUCAAGGCGAUAGAUCUGCAAAACUGUGGACUAACCGACCGCAGCGGCCGGGUGGCACUUUCGACGUUAUUCAUCAACGACACGCUGGUCGUGUUGGACGUCCGGAACAACGGCGUCAUAUCGGCUGCGGUACUGAAAUUGAUCAUGACCCGGUUGCAUCAGAACAACGACAGCAAUCCCGAGACGGAAGAAUGGAAAUGGACAAAACUCUGGCGGGAAAAUAUGCAGGUCGAAUCGUCCAGCGUACUCAGUGUUAUAUCCAAAAAAAAUUCGAAAUGA